AUGGAACAAUUAUUAGAAAAACAAUUGAUGCAAGCGACAGAAGUUAUUGAAAAUCAAAUCGAUGCAGAAAUCAAUCGUCUUGAAAAAAUGACCGAAGAUGAUAUGGAAAAAGUACGCGAACAACGUUUAGAAACAAUGAAGAAAGAGCAUAAGAAAAAACAAGAAUGGUUAACCAAUGGUCAUGGUGAAUAUGAAGAAUUAGCUGGUGAAAAGGAAUUAUUUGAUAUAACAAAGAAGAGUGAACGAAUUGUUUGUCAUUUCUAUCGUGAUGCAACAAUUCGUUGUAAAAUAAUCGAUAAACAUUUGGAAAUACUAACAAAAAAACAUAUUGAAACAAAAUUUGUCAAAUUGAAUGUUGAACGUGCCCCAUUUUUAUGCGAACGUUUAAAUAUUAAAGUUUUACCGACAUUAGCAUUACUGAUUGACAACAUUGUCAAAGAUAAAAUUGUUGGCUUUACUGAUUUAGGUAAUCAUGAUGAGUUUUCAACAGAAAUGCUUGAAUGGCGUCUUGGCUGUUCGUCUGUUAUCGAUUACAAAGGUGAUUUGUCAACACCACCAGAUGAGAAAACAUCCAAAGUAAAAAGAUUUGGGAAGAAAGAGAAAACAAUUCGAGGUGGUCAACGUGGUGAUGAUGAUGAUGAUGACGACUCAGAUUAA